AUGAUGAGAAGCCUGAAGUCGCUCUUCCGCAAAGGAACACAGAUUGUCGUUGGUCAGGCAAGACUCCACACAGACAAGAUGGCUCAUCUGAUCAACGAAUCCAAAGCCAAGGAGAUCGUACAGAAUGUAGACAACUUUCUCUUUGACUGUGAUGGUGUUCUUUGGGAUGGUAAUGGUGUCAUUCAGGGAAGUCUGGAUGUGGUACUCAAAUUAAAACAGAUGGGCAAGAAAGUUUUCUAUGUGACAAACAAUAGCUCAUCCAGUCGCCAAGACUACGUAAAGAAAUGCAAGGACUAUGGUUUUCCGGCUGAACAGGACGAUAUUGUAUGCACAGCAUUUAUUGCUGCCCAGUAUCUGCACAGCAUCAACUUCAAAGACAAAGUUUACCUCAUUGGCAAAGAAGAGUCCAUUGGACGUGAGCUGGAUCUUGUGGGCAUCAGAUAUUUUGGUCCUGGGCCGGAUCCUCUUGUAGGUGACAGUUACAAAGAGUGGCUGAAAGACAUUCACUUAGAUCCAGAGGUCAAGUGUGUACUUGUGGGAUUUGAUGCCCACAUUAGCUUUAUGAAGAUCAUGAAAGCCGCCAGCUACCUGAGGAAUCCUGAUUGUUUGUAUGUGGCUACAAAUGAGGAUGGGUCUUUGCCAGCUAAAGAGUCCAGUAUUUGUAUACCAGGUACAGGCUGUAUGGUACUUCCUGUGACCGUUGCUUCAGAAAGGAAUCCAAUUCUGAUGGGAAAGCCAGCCACCAAUAUGUUUGAUGUUCUUCAGAAAGUCCACAGCUUGGACCCAGCUCGAUGUAUGAUGACAGGUGACAGAAUUUCUACAGACAUAGUCUUUGCCAAGAAAUGUGGCAUACGCUCGCUGCUUGUGCUGUCAGGGAUCUCCACCAUCAGCGAUAUCUACCACGCCGGACAGAACCCUCCGAAGCACGAGGACCUUCAAGACCAACCAGAUUGCUAUGCUGAGAAUUUAGCAGAGUUUGGCAAAUAUAUAUGA